CACAAUGUGAUGCUACCUGAGAAGGUGGGUUUGUAUAGACGGUGGAUUGGGGUCAGCCCUGAGGUUGGUUGCCUCCUUGGUGACAUGAGAAUCUAGUUAGUCGGACAGGGUCCAACCUCUGACACAAUAUGGGCCGUUUGCUACAAAGGGGCUCUAUGAUCACUGCCUCUUCUAACUAUCCAUUGCAUCGAGAACUCGACCUAGCCCAUGGAACAGGGCGUGUGAGAACCGUCGGUAGGGAAACGAAAACGGUGGAGAUUGCUGUCUUCGAAUCGCCUUCUCGCACAUCAUGCAAAGAUUCUGGGGCCACUGACAUCGACCACAAACCUGUCAUCGGGCGUCACCAAUGAUUGUGCACGGGGUACGGCGGGACCACCCGUCCCACACCUGAAUGGAGUCGUGAUUUUCCGCAAGGGGGGC